UAGGCUUCUCUUUAUCGCCAUACGGACACAGGCCAACGACAGGCUCCGGCAGUCACUCCUCUUGUCGGUGGUGAUCAGGCUAGCUAGGUGCCCCUUGCUCCUCCACCAUGAGCGACAUCGACUGUGGGGACUGUGACUGUGGUGACUGUGACUGUGACUGUGACUGUGGUGACUGUGACUGUUGUGACUGUGACUGUGGGGACUGCGAUGUCUGUGGGGACUAUGGUGACAGCUACGUCUGUUGCUGCUGUUGCUUCUCCAGUACACACGAAGAUUCUUCCUCACGAAGGCGCCGCAGAGCAGCACCCAAGGAGGAAGUUGUGGUGACGACCCAACCUCUUCCAGGGGCCGCCCCCUCUUAAUUCCUUCUCCUGCAAGAACUCCACCACCUAGUACUGAAUAUGUUGGAACUAUGUCAACCAUCUACAGGACGAACACAGGGCGACCAUCUGGGAUAAUGAGCACUCCAGUCCUGCUUCCGGAAAAUGCAAAAUGUCCAUGAGGCUACCUGGUGUGUCGGUUAAUACAUUUCCCGGAGUCAUGUGCCGUUUUCCUUCAUCCACCUAUUCGGACGAUGGUGGUGCCCUCAACAACCCUCCAGAGGCCUUGAGGCCAACACGAAAUACAACAAAAUAUACUCUAAUUUUGUCUUACUCAGGGGAAUAUUAUCAGGGUUGGAAAUGGGAACAAAAUCCUGGCGCCCGGCCGGGCUGUCAGGGUAGAACAGGUCUGAGAUCCGACUCAGGUAGUGCUGGUGAAUUACAAAACUUGCUGAAAAUCAGGCAUGUGCCAACAUUCAUGCAAAUCAUGUAAACAAAAUAAAAUUGGUUUAAAUAUAUUUUGAAGAUUUG